AUGUGCACCCCCCUGGGCAGAUCCCCCAGCCCUGAGCUGGCAUCAUCUCGUGGCUCAGCCAUGCAGGAGCAGCAGCUCACGGUGGCCCUUCGCAUCCGUCCCAUCAACGAGGCUGAAGCGGAGGAGGGAGCUGCCCUCGUCGCUCACAGGGUGGGCGAGCAGAGGGUGGUCCUGAUGGAUCCAAGAGAAGAUCCCAAUGAGACCAUGCGAGCUAACAGAUCCCGAGAAAAAACAUUUGUAUUUGACAUGGUUUUUGAUCACAGAGCAACCCAGGAGGAAGUAUAUGUGUCCACGACCAAAAGCCUGAUAGAAGGAGUCAUUUCUGGCUACAAUGCAACCAUUUUUGCAUACGGUCCAACAGGUGCAGGAAAAACCUACACAAUGCUGGGGACGGACUGUGAACCGGGGAUUUACAUCCGCACUUUUGAUGACCUCUUUAAGGCCCUUGAAGCCACUGCCGAGGAGAUGGAUUACAGAGUCUCCAUGUCCUACCUGGAGAUCUAUAACGAAGUGAUCCAUGACCUCCUGAACCCAUCCUCGGGGUUCUUAGACCUGAGGGAGGACCCCAGAGGCAACAUCCAGAUAGCAGGAAUCACGGAAGUCUCCACUACAAAUGCUCAGGAGAUCAUGGAGCUGUUAAUGAAAGGAAACAAGCACCGCACCCAGGAACCCACCGCAGCCAACAAGAUGUCCUCCCGCUCACACGUGGUGCUGCAGGUGACAGUGAUGCAGACCAGGAAGGGAACCGGCGAGGAAGUACGAAUUGGAAAGCUUUUCAUGGUUGACUUGGCGGGGUCAGAGAGAGCAGCCCAGACUCGGAACCGCGGCAAGCGGAUGAAGGAAGGAGCCCACAUCAACCGCUCACUGCUGGCUUUGGCCAACUGCAUCAACGCUUUGAGCAAGAAGCAGGGGAGCCGGGCCCAGUUUGUCAAUUUUCGAGACAGCAAACUCACGCGCCUGCUGAAGGACUCAUUAGGGGGCAACAGCAGGACUGUUAUGAUUGCACACAUCAGCCCGGCCAGUACCUCCUUUGAAGAAUCUCGAAUGACCUUGAUCUAUGCCUAUCGAGCAAAAAACAUCAAGACACAGGUAAAAUGUAACCUGCAGAACACCUCCAACCACAUCGACCAAUAUACCAACAUCAUCGCAGACCUCCACAGGGAGAUCGAGCUUCUGAAGGCAAGGGUUGAAAACCAGAAGGAGAAAAGUGCCAUCAGCUCCAACAUCAGGGAUCUGCAAGCAGAGAGGCCCCAAGGCUCUGAGGCACAGACUGGCCAAGCCAUGAACGCCUUGCGGGUGCAGCUGAUGGGGGCUUUCAGGGAGCAAAUGGAGAUGCACCGCAGCCUGAUGGAGCUGGAAAACACCAACAUUGAGCUGCACAUUGAUACCUGCAGGCACCUCCUAACAAUCACAGACUGGGAACGAGAGAAGGCUCAGGGUGCACGCAAGUACAACAAGCCAGCAAAGGAGGAGAAAGAUGAAAACACAGAGGAGGAAGAUGGGGAAGUGGAUAUCAUAGAUUCACCUGAACCUCAUGAAGUUACAGUGGCAAGAGAGGAGAUCAACCUGCUGCUGGCGGAACAGCGCGAGAUGGUGGCCCUGAAGACUGAGCUGGAGCAGCGCUUAGCAAAAGCCAAGGAAAAAGCUUCCCAGAUGGAGGAGUUGUUCCCCAGACAAAUCACCAGCAAGGAGGAGCAGGAGGUGCUACGGCUGCUCUGCAGAGCCCAUGAGCUUGAGCUUGGCAACACAGAGCUGCAGGCAAACACACUGUAUAAGGAGAAUCUCUUGUGCCAGAAGGAUUUUGUGAUCCAGCAACUGCAGCAGCACAUGCUGCUCUGUGAAGACAUUAUUCAGCAGCAGCAGACGCUGAUAAAAGCCCAGAACAUUCCUGUCCCGGAGAUACUGGCGAGGUUACACCACCUGCACCUCUCUGAGCUGGAGGAGGGGACCCUGAACUGCCUGCUUCUGCUGCAUUCAGUGAUGUCCAGCAUGCUCCGGCAGAAACCAGCAGGUGUUGUCGCAGGAAAGAUGACUCCCAGGCUGCACUCCCCCACCUCUCUUGACUUGCAUGGGAAGAAGUCACCUGUGGACAUUGCUGCUGUUCCCUCGAGUCUGGAGUCCUUGAAAGAAAUCGCUGCCAACACCAAAAGCAUCUCCCUCAUUGCAGCCAGCCGCCGUUCCAGAGCCCAACACAGAGCCCCUGGGAGCAAAGUCUCCUCAGCCCAUGUCUCUGAGGAGGAUCUGCUUGAGCUGAAGUAUCUGGAGGUCAUUUCCCCCCCAGAGUGUCGGCGGAGAGACAGUGCAAGUGGCAGGAGUUUGCUAUCAGAGCCUGCAGCUGGGAGUCAGCUGUGCUCCCCAGCCAGGGGAGUGCUGACGAACAGGAGAGACCAGGAGAUGCCUGCUGGGAGGACAGCCACAAAGAAAAGAUCUCGCUCUCUGGAACCAAACGUCCAUAGGAUCCCAAAAGCUAAGCCUUGGACUCCCUCAAGCCCCAGUACAGCCAAAGCUUGGGAGAACCACCUGCACCAAGCUAGACUCUUCCAUCAGUCAAAAGCUGUGAGCAGCGGAUACAUCGCCACAAAGGUCAAGGUUCCUAUCGGCCACCAUUCAGAGGGGACUCCAGCAGAGGUGCUGCCAAAAGUCAAUGCUCCUGCAAGCACCGUCCAGCACAGCAAGGCUGACUGCGCCAAAGGACGGGUCCUACAGAAGCAAGGCAAGGGGCCUGCAGAUGGUGCCAGCAGUCGGCAAAAGCAGCAGCCAGCCGCCUGCCUGGGGAACCAGCUGAAGACUAAAUAG